AUGUUAUCUAUUCAUCACCACCCGAAGGUUUGGGAUGCGCGUUAUUUGAAUCCCACCGUCCCGCAUGAUUCGAAGUACUAUUUAAAUUGUGUUGGCGGAGGUAUCCUCGCUUGUGGUAUCACCCACACCGUGGUCUGCCCGCUUGAUGUGGUGAAGUGCAAUAUGCAGGUAACCCCUGAAAAGUACAAAUCGCUCCCCAAAGGGAUGUCGCUUAUUAUGCGGGAGCAGGGCUUCGGCAGUUCAGGCCUCUUCAAGGGCUGGAUUCCGACGCUUUUGGGCUACUCGGCGCAGGGUGCCUUUAAGUUUGGCUGUUAUGAAAUGUUUAAGGACUUGUACUCAAAUAUGGCGGGUGAGGAACUCACCAAAAAGUGCACUGGCUUAAUUUGGCUGGCGGGCUCCGCCUCUGCCGAGUUCGUGGCGGAUAUCUUUCUCUGUCCCUUCGAGAUGGUGAAAAUUAAGGUUCAGACCUCUCCCAAAGGUAAAUUCCCCACCAGCAUGAAGGCGGCGAUAUCUAAAAUGAGGUCGGAUAAAAGCAGCGGGUUUCCGUUCAAGUCUUUGGUACCUCUGUGGGGACGCCAGAUCCCCUACACCAUGGCGAAGUUCUUCUUUUUUGAAAAAGUGGUGCGAUGCUUCUAUAAAUACGUUUUUAAGGGGCCCCGGGAUAGUUAUAGUAAGGCCACACAGCUGAGCAUCACGUUUAUGUCAGGCUACAUCGCAGGUAUUAUCUGCGCAAUUGUAUCCCACCCCGCAGAUUCCUUGGUUUCGGCCCGCGGCAAAGCUAGUAAUGCGAGUAAGUCGUACGGACAGAUCGCAAAGGAGAUGGGAUUUAUAAACAUCUGCACAAAAGGCAUGGGAACUCGUAUUUUGAUGAUCGGGACGUUAACUGGAUUACAAUGGUGGAUCUACGAUAGCUAUAAAACGGCCCUUGGCAUGGGUACCAGUGGUCAUUAA